GUGUGAUGGACGGAUGAGGAGCGGCCACAAAUCUUUCUCGGAGGAGGAAGAACCAAUCGGCAUCACUGCGGUGGCGCACGUGCUUUAUCGCUCUUCAUUGAAAGCCAAUCGGGAAAAAUCUGCCGUUAAUUCGACGUUAGAAUGUGUCACUGACAAAGGACGGACCAAUUUGCGGAUGGGUCGCAAACACCUUGAGACCUCGAGGCUGGGUGACUGUAAAAUCCACUGGCUUAAACUGUAUCGAAUGAGGUCUGGGUAAGUCAAGGAAUAUGGGGUAUUCAACAUCAUUCAACCCGAGAAGAUAUCUCGCACAAAUUGGAUUGCACCCCAAGAGCACAAAUGUAGAAAGGUAGUUGAGGUAAAGUUAUACUUUGUUUUGGCAAUUUUAAUUUUUUCUUUUACCGCAUCUACCUUUGUGUUAAAGCUGUCUUCCAAGCUGCGCAGCCACUCUUCUUGACAAUUUUGGCGACCAUGACGCUUGAGUUUGAGCUGAAUGGGUUGCCAAUGACAACAUUAACAUGAGCGAAGCACCAUUAGUUUGUGGAGAACCCGUCGUUCGGACAAUUCUCUUGGAGGAGGGUUGUAGAAAAGAAUGUCAGCGCAAAUACAUGUUCUACCUACCCAAGGCGGCUUGCGGCCCAAACAAUUCUGUAGGUAGCAGUACCACCGAGGCUGUUGGCAGACUUCCUCUGGUAUUUACAAUCCACUGUUUGGGUUGCAGUAUGCAAACGUUCCAGUUCUGGUCUGAGGUUGCCGAAGCGUACAACUUUGUGUGGGUCAAUCCUGAAGGCUUGAAGCACUCGUUUAACGCGGGUGGUGAAUCCUGCUGUGGAUAUGCACUGGAACAAGGGAUUGAUGAUCUUGGAUUUCUCAAAGGUAUCUUGAGCCAAGUGACAGGAGAGUACCCGUCGUUGCUGUCCUCAAAUUAUGUCUAUGCUACGGGAUGGUCCAACGGAGGAUAUAUGGUCAGCUAUGCAGCUCCUCUGUUUCGUGCCAUUGCUCCCAUUUCGGGCUAUCACUUGGACAGCGUCAAGCUGGAGGAACGAAUGAUAACCCAUGAAAAACCAGUAUCCCUCUUCUUGCAUCAUUCCCAAGAUGACCCUAUGGUACAAAUGACGGGAUGUUGCACCGACUCCACUAUGCCCAGAUGCUGUUGCGGCAUCUCUCAGCAUUUGGACCAAUGCACCUCUGUGGAAGCUCACGUGAGUGUCUGGGCUACCAAUUUCAAUCACUGUGGCAGCAAAACCAAAGUGUCCUACUCGGUCCAAGAUCAAGUCACUUGUUAUACCUUUGAGGAAUGCGGCCAAAACGUGAAUACUACCUAUUGCAUAUACCAAAACAAGAAACACUUCAACCGACCCAGCUUCGAGCAGGCUUUCCCAAUGACACAGGGCACUGCGGAUUUCUUUGCUAGGGAUGCUUGUUCCGCACCAGGAGGUGUUUGGAAUGGUGCCCAAAGAACCUGCGCGUGUCCUUCUGGCGCCUCGGGGACCUAUUGCAGUGAAAGACUACUUCAGGAGGGUAAGAAAGAACGAGAAAAUUCAAUCUCCCCUGCGCCGAUUUUGAUGUUUCUGGGGUUGGCGCUGGUUCUGGUUGGUAGUUACUAUCUAGUUACAACGCUGUUCCGUCGAUUCCGCAAAGGUUCCCUAAAGCGCUACAGCAAGGUAUCCACCAGCGAUGUGGAACUCCAGCAACUGGAAGGUUGAGCUCAAGCAUCAGUUGCGAUGCCGCCAAUGCAAGCUGGUCAUGAGGAUACGGACGUGAAAUUAGUAUGGGAGACAUAGCGUUGUUUGCACAACUUCUAGCUACGGCUGUAUACUCAAGUGACAGCUACUACAUGUAGUCUAGCUAACUACCAAGCAAGAUAAACAACUGUUUUGAAUAUAAAAUGAGCGCUUAGCACAAAUUAUUAUAAAAUACAUCAAAUGCGGACA